AACAUGGCGGACACGCGUGCGGAGCUCCAAGAUAAACUCCAGCGUAACUGCUAACGCCAGUUUAACGUCAGGCGUGUUUUUAAUCAGCUUGUAGUCGAGGUCUGGAUCUCGGACGCCCUCAGUAAAGCUGCAGUAUGGACGAAGGGAAUAAAAUACAGUUUCCGUCCCUUCCUGUGUGCAAGGAAGACCAACUGGACUGGUCAUAUCCCAUGCGAAGAGAGAUGCAGGAAAUCCUCCCUGGACUCUUCUUAGGGCCCUACUCUGCUGCCAUGAAGAGCAAGCUCUCUAUACUGGAGAAGCAAGGGAUAACUCACAUAGUGUGUGUUCGACAAGACAUCGAGGCCAACUUCAUCAAACCUAACUUCCCACUCAAAUUUAGAUACCUUGUUUUAGAUAUUGCGGAUAACCCUGUGGAGAACAUCAUUAAAUAUUUCCAAAUGACUAAAGAAUUUAUCGAUGGCUGUUUAGAGACUGGAGGAAAGGUUCUUGUUCAUGGGAAUGCGGGAAUUUCCAGAAGCGCUGCCUUAGUUAUCGCUUACCUUAUGGAAACGUUCGGCGUGAAGUACAGGGACGCUUUCAGUCACGUCCAGGAGCGGAGAUUCUGCAUCAACCCUAACGUCGGCUUCGUGCACCAACUACAGGAAUAUGAAGCGAUCUAUCUUGCCAGACUAACCAUCAAGAUGAUGUCGCCCAUUCAGUUAGGUCGAUCUUUCUCCAUUCAAGCAGGAACGACAGGGAGCCGAAAACGAACACUAGAAGAAGAUGACGAUUUUGGGAAUAUGCAAGUCCAGGCAGCGCAGAACGGAUAAAUCCGUACUUCAGUGCUUGGCUGCAUUGGAUUAUUUUUGUUUGUUUUACAUUUUUAUGGGAUUUAAAAUUGUAAAUAUUGUGCAAUUUUUUUUUUUGUAAAGAAAAAAGGGGGGAUGAGGAGGGAGAGGCCGCUCCUCAAGCCGGGGAACAAUUGAACAAUAUUUGUUUGGGGGUUUUUUUUGGUUGUUGUUUUGGGGUUUUUUGUUGUUUUUUUUUGAGCCGUAUGCACUGAUGGUUUUUUGCAGUUUUAUAAUAUUUAACACUUUUUUGCAUUUGCAGUUGGGACAGUAUUGCAAUAAUGCUCUUUUUGAUACUUGAACUACUCUUCUUUUUUUUCUUUUUUUUUCGCUAGACGAUCGCAUUUGCUUAAGGGAACGUGAAAAGGAAUAACCAGAACCGUGCCCCCGUGGGGGAGGGAAAGACUUCGGAAUGGAAAAAAAUCAAAAUAAAUCAAAAUAAAAAAAUGCUUGCGAGAGAAUUAACAACCUACUCAAUAAAAAGAUGGCUGAAUCAUU